GGACGAGUCUGUGUCUGAUCGGGGCUGAAGGUUGUACUAAACUCACUCCAGAGGCAACUCAUGAUGGACAGGUGGAGUGACGGCUGUUUGGCCCUGCUGGUGAUAUAUCUGGGUCACAUGAUCAGCGCACUGGAGGUCCCUCUUGACCCUGAUCUUCAGGAAGGAUUGCCGCAGCCCCCCACAAUCACUCAUCAGUCUCCAAAAGAUUACAUCAUUGACCCGCGAGAAAGCAUCAUCAUCCACUGUGAGGCCAAAGGAAAACCCCGUCCCAGCUUCUCAUGGACGAGAAACGGGACUCAUUUCGACAUCGAUCGAGACCCUAAAGUGAUCAUGAAGCCUCAUUCUGGGACUCUAGUGAUUGACAUCAGCGGAGGAGAGCGGUCUGAAGCGUAUGAGGGCGUUUAUCAGUGCACCGCUCGCAACGAACUCGGCACCGCCGUCUCCAACAACAUCAUCAUCCGACAGUCCAGAUCUCCUCUGUGGUCUAAAGAGAGAAUGAAACCCAUCAUUGCACAGGAAGGAGAAUCUUUAAUUCUGCCCUGCCGCCCCCCAGCCGGACUCCCCCCACCCAUUAUAUUCUGGAUGGACAACAAUUUCCAGCGUCUGCCUCAGAGUCGUCGUGUUUCUCAGGGGCUGAACGGAGAUCUGUAUUUCUCUAACGUCCAGACGGAAGACUCCAGAAGCGACUACAUCUGUUACGCUCGAUUCCCACACACACAGACCAUCCAGCAGAAGCAGCCAAUCACGGUCCGCGUGCUGAACAUGGAUUCAAUGAAUGACACACUGGCAGUUUAUUUCAAUGACUCUGGUUUGUUUAGUGAUAACCCAUCAGAGGAGCGAGCGCCCACAUUCAUGACUCCCAGCGGCUCCAGCAGCUCUAAACUGGUUCUGAGAGGAGAGACUCUUGAGAUGGAGUGUAUCGCCGACGGCCUUCCCACUCCAGAGGUGUCAUGGAUGAAACUCAGCGGCGAGAUUCCCAGCGGACGCGCUUCAUUCCUGAACUUCCACAAGACUCUGCGGAUCACAGACGUGUCUGAGGUCGACGCUGGAGAAUAUCGUUGCACUGCCAAGAACCGACAUGGCUCGACUCAACACAACAUCAGAGUCUCUGUCAAAGCCGCUCCGCACUGGAUCAGCGCUCCCAGGAAUCUGGUUCUGGCUCCACUGGAGACGGGCGUCAUCACCUGCCGGGCGAGAGGACACCCCAAACCCACCAUCAGCUGGUCCAUGAACGGAGUGCCAAUCGAGAAUGCUCUUAAAGACCCCAGCAGGAAGGUUGAAGACGACACUAUCAUAUUCUCAGAGGUUCAGACGGGCUCCAGUGCUGUUUACCAGUGUAAUGCAUCCAAUGAAUACGGAUAUUUACUGUCCAACGCUUUCGUCAAUGUGCUGGCUGAGCCCCCCAGAGUUCUGACCCCCCCUCAUAAAGUCUAUCAGGUCAUCAUGAACAAACCCGCUCUGCUGGAGUGUGCGUCAUUUGGCUCGCCCAUACCAACCAUCACAUGGUUUAAAGACAGUCGCUCCAGUACGUUAGAGGGAGAUCCGUACGUGUUUCAUAAGAACGGGACUCUGGAGAUUCACGUGUCUCAAACCCUCAACAGCGGGAAAUACACGUGUGUCGCCCGGAACUCCCUCGGCAUCUCUGAGAACCACGUGUACCUGGAGGUCAAAGAGCCCACACGGAUCCUGCGUCCGCCGGAGUACAGGGAGGUCCAGAGGAACAGAGACGUGCUGUUCGAGUGUAAAGUGAAGCACGACCCCUCUCUAGUGCCCACCAUGAUGUGGCUCAAAGACGACGCAGAACUGCCUGAUGAUGAGAGGUUUCGAGUAGAUUCGGACAGUCUGACUAUCAUUGAUGUGACGGAGAGUGAUGCAGGUACAUACACGUGUAUCAUGAACACAACACUGGAUGAAGACUCGGCCAGCGCUCGGCUCACUGUGGUCGAGGCCACACCCUCUCCUGCUGGGAUUCACGGACAGCCUGAUGCUCCCACUGAUCUGGAGCUGACUGACCCCGGAGCGAGAAGCGUUGAUCUCACCUGGACACCUGGAGACGAACACAACAGCCCAAUCAACAAGUUUGUGAUUCAGUAUGAAGAUGGUCUUCAUGAGAGCGGCGUGUGGCACAAUCUCACUGAAGUUCCUGGAACAAAGACGACCGCUCACCUGAAGCUCUCGCCGUAUGUGCAUUACACAUUUAGAGUACUGGCGCUCAAUGAUGUGGGGUACAGUCAACCCAGUGCCCGCUCACGACUGUACAGAACCAACCCCGCGGCUCCUGAUGUGAACCCCAGUGAUGUGAGCGGCUUCGGCACUGAACACAAUAAUCUGGUGAUCACAUGGACGGCGCUGACGGGUCUGCAGUCCAACGGUCCUGGACUCCAGUAUAAAGUCAUGUGGAGACAGCAGGAAGUGGAGGAGGACUGGACGUCUGUCAAUGUCGCCAAUGUGUCCAGGUUUACGGUGUCUGGGACGCCCACGUUUGUCCCGUACGAGGUGAUGGUUCAAGCGCUGAAUGAUUACGGUCACGGACCCAAACCUGCCGUCGUCAUCGGAUACUCUGGAGAAGACUUUCCAGCGGCCGCACCUCGUGAUGUUCGGGUUCUGGUGAUGAACAGCACACUGGCUGAAGUUCACUGGAGUGAAGUUCCUCUCGAAUCAGUGCGCGGACGCCUGCAGGGGUACAAGAUUCAUUAUCAUCGUGAGAGGAGUUUACACCGACACAACUCACAUCACAGUGAACGCAGAACUGAAUCAUUCGGCCCGAACAAAACCAGCGGCAAACUGCCACACCUGCACCCCUACAGCGUCUACAGUGUGCACGUGACGGCGUUUAACGGGCGAGGAGAGGGUCCCGCCAGCUCUGUCCAGCGCUUCGAGACACCUGAAGGAGUUCCUGGUGUGCCGUCGUACUUCAGAGUGUCUGGUUCCGAUCUGGACACGCUGACGCUGGAGUGGGGUCCACCUCACGAGAGGAACGGCCAUCUGACGGGAUACACACUUCAAUAUCAGACAAUCAACAGCAGCAGUGAAGUGGGCGUGUUAGAGGAGCUGGACCUUCCGACCAAUCACACGAGUGUAACGCUGCACCACCUCAAGCACAGCACACGAUACAAGUUCUAUUUCAGUGCUAAAACACAGAAGGGCCCGGGGCCCGCACUCACAGACGAGGCCCUCACCAUCAUCGAGAAAGCGGUGCCGAUCGCCCCAGCGUUUGGGAACGUUAGCUCGUCUGUGAUCGAGGAAGGAACGUUAAUCAGUUGGGAAUACUGGGGCCCGGAAAAACACCUUUAUGUUGAAUAUAUUAUAGACGACAGUGAUGAAGACUGGCACGCAGAGAAGGUGAACGGCUCUCAGUUCCAUGUUCUUAAAGGGUUGAAAGAAGGUUUGGCGUAUAAAGUGCGUGUGGUGGCCAGAGGUCAUGAUGAUGAGACGCUCCAUCACUCUGAAGAGCUGUUGAUUAAGGUCCCAGCGAUGGUGAGUCCUCAAGUUGAUAUCGCCACUCAGGGCUGGUUCAUCGGUCUGAUGUCAGCGAUCGCUCUCCUCAUCCUCAUCCUCCUCAUCGUCUGCUUCAUCAAGAGGAAUAAAGGCGGGAAAUAUCCAGUGAAAGAGAAGGAAGACGCUCAUGGAGAUCCAGAGAUUCAGCCCAUGAAAGAAGAUGAUCUGACGUUUGGAGAGUACAGUGACGAGGAUCAUAAGCCGCUGAAAGGGAGCCGAACACCGUCCAGCGGAACCGUUAAACGAGACGACAGUGGCGACAGUUUAGUUGACUACGGCGACUCCGGAGACACGCAGUUCAACGAGGACGGAUCGUUUAUCGGACAGUAUAGCGGGACAUCUGAGCGAGAGGUGGCGCGCGGGCAUGAGAGCUCAGAGCCGCCCUCGCCCAUGAAUGCCAUGAACUCAUUCGUGUAGAGUGACGCAGCGGACAUUGACGUGAUUCUGCACACUGACUGAUGAAAGUGUUUCGUCAGAGACGGAUUGAGCGGAUCGCUCUGUAACACACGCGUGGACGGACGUUUACACGUGACGUUGAACAUACAGUAAAGACUCGUACCGUAUAUCUGUGUACAUCACACCUGCAUUAUACAGCCAGUGUUGGGUAAGUUACUCCGUAGGAAAAGUAAUCCACUACAAAUGGCUAAUUACUUCUAUGUAAUCUGAGUACUUUGUUUAAAAGUAUUCAGAUUACUUAUACUUUAAUAACUUCCUAAACAAUUCAAAAUAAUGUCUAUAUGUUUCCUCAUAUUUCUCUUUAUAAUGAAUUAUUAGUGACACAAUCAGGCGCAUAAUUCAUAAUUAAAUGUAUUCUUCAUAAUAUAGUUUUAGAAAUAACCCAGUUAUGCACUUAAAAUAAGUCACUAUCUGUAACCUGAAUGCAAGAAUGUAAAAUGUAAUGCAUGACACUACUUUCUGACUUAAAGUAAUCACACCCAACACUGGUUACAACAGAUUACAUUUCAUGUAACUUCAGUAUUUUCCUCUUAUUUUAUGGUACACUCAACCCAUAAAACUCAAAUUCUCAAAUUUUUUUAUUUUUUUUUUAAGAUUUACACAUUUCAAUUUAAUAACAAAAUUCUAUAAAAUUAAGUUGAGUAAUCUUUUUUAUUUUCCGCCCAAUUCCCAAAGCACUCUGAGUCCUCGUGGCGGAGGAUGAAUCUCAGUUGCCUCCGCGUCUGAGACCGCCAAUCCGCGCAUCUUAUC